GCCGUCGGGUCGCCGCGGCUUUCGCUUUGCCGCCGCGGCUGGGCGGGAGGGAGCGGCGGGCUCGGCGGCCGGCGGGCUCGCGUCCUGGCUCCGGCAGCGUCGAGGGGCGCUCCUCAGCCAGCCCUCCCGGCUCAGGGAUUCCCUUCCGAGGCGCCCGCGCCCCCGGGCUCCCCGCCUCGGCCACCCCGCGGCCCCGAUGCCGAGGCAUGGAUAGAGCGGCGCUGCGCGCGGCGGCGAUGGGGGAGAAGAAGGAGGGCGGCGGCGGGGGGGCCGCGGCGGCCGCGGAUGGGGGCGCCGGGGCCGCGGCCAGCCGGGCGCUGCAGCAGUGCGGGCAGCUCCAGAAGCUCAUCGACAUCUCCAUCGGUAGCCUGCGCGGGCUGCGCACGAAGUGCGCCGUGUCCAACGACCUCACCCAGCAGGAGAUCCGGACCCUGGAGGCAAAGCUGGUUCGGUACAUCUGCAAGCAGCGGCAGUGCAAGCUGAGCGUGGCUCCCAGCGAGAGGACCCCGGAGCUCAACAGCUACCCUCGCUUCAGCGACUGGCUGUACAUCUUUAACGUGAGGCCGGAGGUGGUACAGGAGAUCCUCUGCGAGCUCACGCUGGAUGCCCUGCUGGACAUGAACGAGGCUAAGGUGAAGGAGACGCUGCGGCGCUGCGGGGCCAGUGCCGAGGAGUGCAGCCGCCUGCAGUACGCCCUCACCUGCCUGCGGAAGGUGACAGGCCUGGGCGGGGAGCACAAAGAGGACUCGGGCUGGAGUUCGUCGGAUGCCCGACGGGAAAGCGGCUCCGGGCCUCCCGCGGACAGCCUCUCGUCAGCCAGCCUGCCCUGGCCCCCAGGGAGCUCCCAGCUGGGCAGAGUGGGCAGCGGUGCCCAGGGCCCACGCUCCGUCUCCGUGUCCGCUCUGCCCACCUCGGACUCCCCGAGCCCCGGCCCCGGCGAGGGCCUCGCGGACCCCUGUAUCUCCCUGCACACCAGCGGCCGGCUGACGCCCCGCGCGCUGCCCGGCUUCAUCACUCCGCCCACCACGCCCCAGCUCCGCCGGCACACCAAGCUGAAGCCGCCCAGAACGCCGCCCCCGCCCAGCCGCAAGGUCUUCCAGCUGCUGCCCAGCUUCCCCACGCUCACCCGGAGCAAGUCCCACGAGUCUCAGCUGGGGAACCGCAUCGACGAGGUCUCCCCGAUGAGGUUUGAUCUCCAGCACGGAUCCCCACAGAUGGUACGAAGGGACAUCGGGCUCUCCGUGACACACAGGUUCUCCACCAAGUCCUGGCUGUCGCAGGCCUGCCACGUGUGCCAGAAGAGCAUGAUGUUCGGAGUCAAGUGCAAGCAUUGCAGGUUGAAGUGUCAUAACAAGUGUACAAAAGAAGCCCCCGCCUGUAGAAUAUCCUUCCUUCCACUUCCCAGGCUUCGGAGGACAGAAUCUGUCCCCUCGGACAUCAACAAUCCAGUGGACAGAGCAGCUGAACCCCAUUUCGGGACCCUCCCCAAAGCACUGACAAAAAAGGAGCAUCCUCUGGCCAUGAACCACCUGGACUCCAGCAGCAACCCGUCCUCCACCACGUCCUCCACGCCCUCCUCGCCAGCGCCCUUCCCGACGUCGUCCAACCCACCCAGUGCCACCACGCCCCCCAACCCCUCGCCCGGCCAGAGGGACGGCAGGUUCAACUUCCCAGCUGCCUACUGUAUUCAUCAUAGACAGCAGUUUAUCUUCCCAGACAUUUCGGCAUUUCCUCAGGCAGUCCCAUUCGCCGAGGCGGACAGUUCCCGGCUUGAGAACCAGCCAAAAGCAGAUGUGUCCGAGGAUCACGAAGUGGAGGCUGAGGAGCCCGAGGCUGGCAAGUCGGAGGCCGAAGACGACGAGGACGAGGUGGAUGACCUGCCGAGCUCCCGCCGGCCCUGGCGAGGCCCCAUCUCUCGCAAGGCCAGCCAGACCAGCGUGUACCUGCAGGAGUGGGACAUCCCCUUCGAGCAGGUGGAGCUGGGCGAGCCCAUCGGGCAGGGCCGCUGGGGCCGGGUGCACCGCGGCCGCUGGCACGGCGAGGUGGCCAUCCGCCUGCUGGAGAUGGACGGCCACAACCAGGACCACCUGAAGCUGUUCAAAAAGGAGGUGAUGAACUACCGGCAGACGCGGCACGAGAACGUGGUGCUCUUCAUGGGGGCCUGCAUGAACCCGCCGCAUCUGGCCAUCAUCACCAGCUUCUGCAAGGGACGGACGUUGCACUCGUUUGUGAGGGACCCCAAGACAUCUGUGGACAUCAACAAGACCAGGCAGAUCGCCCAGGAGAUCAUUAAGGGAAUGGGAUAUCUCCAUGCCAAGGGCAUUGUGCACAAAGAUCUCAAAUCCAAGAACGUCUUCUACGACAAUGGCAAAGUGGUCAUCACAGACUUCGGGCUGUUCGGGAUCUCAGGCGUGGUCCGAGAGGGACGGCGUGAGAACCAGCUGAAGCUGUCACAUGACUGGCUGUGCUACCUGGCCCCCGAGAUUGUGAGGGAGAUGACCCCCGGCAAGGACGAGGACCAGCUCCCUUUCUCCAAAGCGGCUGACGUCUAUGCAUUUGGGACUGUUUGGUAUGAGCUGCAAGCCAGAGACUGGCCCUUGAAGAACCAAGCUGCGGAGGCCCUGAUCUGGCAGAUUGGAAGCGGAGAGGGAAUGAAGCGAGUCCUGGCCUCCGUCAGCCUGGGGAAGGAAGUCACCGAGAUCCUGUCCGCCUGCUGGGCCUUCGACCUGCAGGAGAGGCCCAGCUUCCCGCUGCUGAUGGACAUGCUGGAGAAGCUGCCCAAGCUGAACCGGAGGCUCUCGCACCCCGGGCAUUUCUGGAAGUCUGCCGAGCGCUGGCGGAGCCGCUACUACGGGAAAGGACGUUACGGUCACCCUGACUUUAAGAACAACUGUCCAGUCCUGGAGGAAUAUAUUAACAGCAGCAAAGUUGUACCCCGGUUUGAAAGGUUUGGCUUGGGCGUCCUGGAGUCCAGUAAUCCAAAGAUGUAGCCAGCUCUGCCGUUUUUCUGACAUGGUCUUUCUUUCUUAAAUGGGUCUCUAAAACAUCCAAACAACCAUCACAACGAAAAAACAACACUCUUCAAAACGCCAGCCAUCCGCCUAAGUGCUGCGACAGGAGCACGAGUCCUCGGUUUAGACUGUUCAUCCAUAAAGACACUUGGGACCCGGAGACGGAGCCGCGCCUGCUGUUUCUUAAAAUGACAUCACCAACAACCAGACCUGUCCCGACAGACGGCAAAUGUUUACAUGUAUGUUUCUGCAGAGUUGGACUCGUUGUACAAUAGGUGAUAAUAAAAACCGCCUGUGCAGAGGUCACUGGCACCGA